CCCUCGCGGUCGCUGCCGGGGCCGCGGCUGCCGACAACAAGAUGGCGGCGGCGGCGGGGGGCCCGGCGGGCUCCGAGAGCCGGGUGUUGGGUUAUACCUUACACCGCUGGAGCAGCUUCUCCUCCACCUACCUGCCCGAGAAUAUCUUGGUGGAUAAGCCCAAUGAUCAAUCCUCAAGAUGGUCUUCAGAAAGCAAUUACCCUCCCCAGUAUUUGAUUCUGAAACUUGAAAGACCUGCCAUAGUCCAGAGCAUCACAUUUGGCAAAUACGAGAAAACACAUGUCUGCAAUUUAAAGAAGUUUAAAGUCUUUGGUGGAAUGAAUGAGGAAAAUAUGACAGAUCUCUUAUCCAGUGGCUUAAAGAAUGAUUAUAACAAAGAAACAUUCACCUUGAAGCAUAAAAUUGAUGAACAGAUGUUCCCCUGUCGAUUCAUUAAGAUAGUUCCACUCUUAUCCUGGGGACCUAGCUUCAAUUUUAGUAUCUGGUAUGUUGAACUUAAUGGCAUUGAUGAUCCAGAUGUGGUCCAGCCGUGCCUCAACUGGUACAGCAAGUACCGUGAACAGGAAGCCAUUCGCCUUUGCCUAAAGCAUUUUCGUCAGCACAACUACACGGAGGCUUUCGAGUCGCUGCAGAAGAAAACCAAGAUUGCUCUGGAGCACCCCAUGUUGACAGACCUGCAUGACAAGCUGGUGUUGAAGGGAGACUUCGAUGCUUGUGAAGAGCUCAUAGAGAAAGCUGUGAAUGAUGGCUUAUUCAAUCAGUAUAUCAGCCAACAAGAAUACAAACCUCGCUGGGGGCAGAUCAUACCCAAAAGCACCAAAGGUGAUGGAGAAGACAGCCGACCAGGGAUGAGAGGUGGCCAUCAGAUGGUUAUAGAUGUUCAGACAGAAACGGUCUAUUUGUUUGGUGGCUGGGAUGGAACUCAGGAUCUGGCCGACUUCUGGGCAUACAGUGUGAAGGAAAACCAGUGGACCUGUAUAUCCAGGGAUACUGAGAAAGAGAGUGGUCCCAGUGCCAGAUCCUGUCACAAGAUGUGCAUUGACAUUCAACGAAGGCAGAUCUACACGCUGGGACGUUACCUGGAUUCCUCUGUGAGGAACAGCAAAUCUCUGAAGAGUGACUUCUACCGCUAUGACAUUGACACCAACACAUGGAUGCUGCUGAGUGAAGACACCGCAGCGGAUGGAGGCCCAAAGCUGGUGUUUGAUCAUCAGAUGUGUAUGGAUUCUGAAAAACACAUGAUCUAUACCUUUGGAGGCAGAAUCCUGACCUGCAAUGGCAGCGUGGAUGACAGCAGAGCCAGUGAACCACAGUUCAGUGGGUUGUUUGCUUUUGACUGCCAAUGUCAGACAUGGAAGCUUCUGAGAGAGGAUUCCUGUAAUGCUGGACCUGAGGAUAUCCAGUCCCGAAUAGGUCACUGUAUGUUGUUUCAUUCUAAAAAUCGCUGCUUAUAUGUAUUUGGUGGCCAGAGAUCAAAGACUUAUUUGAAUGACUUCUUCAGUUACGACGUAGACAGCGAUCAUGUGGAUAUCAUAUCAGAUGGCACGAAGAAAGACUCAGGGAUGGUUCCAAUGACAGGUUUCACUCAAAGGGCUACCAUUGAUCCAGAACUGAAUGAAAUCCAUGUCUUGUCAGGGCUCAGUAAAGACAAGGAGAAGCGGGAAGAGAAUGUAAGGAACUCCUUCUGGAUUUAUGACAUUGUGAGGAACAGCUGGUCUUGUGUCUAUAAGAAUGACCAAGCAGCAAAAGAGAAUCCAGGUAAAAGCCUUCAGGAAGAGGAGCCCUGCCCAAGGUUUGCCCAUCAACUGGUGUACGAUGAGUUGCACAAGGUUCAUUACUUGUUUGGAGGGAAUCCUGGCAAGUCCUGCUCUCCAAAGAUGAGAUUAGAUGACUUCUGGUCUCUGAAGCUCUGUCGACCUUCAAAAGAAUACCUGCUAAGACACUGCAAAUACCUCAUAAGGAAGCACAGGUUCGAAGAAAAAGCUCAGACUGAGCCUCUUAGUGCACUGAAGUACCUGCAGAAUGACUUAUAUGUAACUGUGGAUCACUCAGACCCUGAGGAAACAAAAGAGUUUCAGCUUCUUGCCUCAGCGUUAUUUAAGUCUGGCUCGGAUUUCACCACUCUCGGAUUCUCAGAUGUCGACCACACGUAUGCGCAGAGAACUCAGCUCUUUGACACACUAGUCAACUUCUUUCCAGACAACAUGACCCCUCCUAAAGGCAACCUGGUGGACCUCAUCACGCUGUAACAGAGCAAUCACUGGACAUAUGGAAGAGGGGAAAAGCAUCCACUUUCAGUAUUUUCAUUUUUUUACUGCAUUGAUUGACUGCUGGGAUGAAGUAAUAUAGUAACCCCUAGGUGUUUGCAAGGGGUUUUAUACUUGUAUGGUGAAUCCCUGAAGCUUUUCCCUUGGAGUAGGUUAAUAAAAUGUAACUGACAUA